AUGGGAGUGCAGGUGGAGAUCAUCUGCCCCGGAGAUGGGCUCACCUUCCAGACUCACAGCCAGACCUGCGUAGUGCACUACAUGGGGAUGCUUGAAGAUAGAAAGAAAUUUGAUUCCUCCUGGGACAGAAACAAGCCCUUCAAAUUUAUGCUAGGCAAGCAGGAGGUGAUCCGAGGCUGGGAAGAAGGAGUUGCCCAGAUGAGUAUGGGUCAGCGAGCCAAACUGAUUAUCUUUCCAGAUUAUGCCUAUGGUUCCACUGGCCACCCUGGCAUCACCCCACCAAAUGCCACUCUCAUCUUUGACGUGGAACUUCUAAAACUGGAGUGACAGGAAUGGCUUCCUCAUUUAGCUCCCUGUUCUGAGAUGUGCCAUGGAGGGAUCUGGUGUCUCCAGAAGUGGACAUGCGAACCCAUGAGGAGCUUUUCUGAAUGUUCCACUACAUUAUUUUUAUAAGCAUCUACCCAGACUGAAUGGGUUCUACCACCCAGCUUUGCUCUUUCCCCUUCUCUUUGUGUGUGUGUUGACCUAAACUAUAUGCCAUAAACUUCAAGUUACUUGUUUUAUUUUGUUUUCUCUUUGGGCUGAAGAUUCAGUUUUAGCCUUUUGGAUAUCAGUUUCCAAUUAAGGAUUAGUCAAGUUUUAACAGCACAGGCAAUGGGUUAACUUUAAAGUAGGAAUUGGCAUGGAGGGUUGUAAGAUUUUUUUAUUUUAUUUUAUUUUUGGGGAUGUGGGGUGAAAUUUUUAUCUGUUAUAUAUUAAACAUUCUUGCUGCUGCACUGCAAAGCCAUAGCAGACAUGAGGCACAACUGAGGGCCGAAUUGUUCUCCAAGUUGAGAGAUGUCCUUGAGUUGAAUUAAUUAAAGUUGGUGGUGGGGAGAGCCUUUGCCUCCAGUGCUGCCAUGCAUCAUCUCCUUAAAUCCUCUUCUUUUUGAAAGCAGAUUGUUUUCAUUGUGGAAGUUAGACACUACAGGUAUUUGUUCUCAGGCCAGUAGGGACUUCUAAGUCUUGUUUGGCCUGAUCUUUUUUUUUUUUCUUUCAUCCUGUGGUUUUUCUUUUUCUUUUUUUUAAAUAUUUAUUUAUUGAUUGAUUGAUUUUCUCUUUUGUUGCCCUUGUUUUUUUAAUUACUAUUGUAGUUGUUGUUGUUAUUGAUGUUGUCAUUGUCAGAUAGGACAGAGAGAAAUGGAGAGAAGAGGAGAAGACAGAGGGGGGAGAGAAAGAUAGACACCUGCAGACCUGCUUCACCGCCUGUGAAGCCCCCCCCCCUUGCAGGUGGGGAGCUAGGGGCUUAAACUGGGACCCUUAGGAUGGUCCUUGUGCUUUGUGCCACGUGCACUUGACCUGCUAUGCUACAGCCAGACUCCCCAUCCUGUGAUUUUUCUAAUGGAUAUUUGUAAUGUCAUAGCUAUCCAAACCUCAAUUCCUAAACUUGAGGAACUUUAAUUGGAAGUUUAAAUUGAAGGUGCUGUUCAUAGACACUUAAUACCCAAUGAAAGCCCAGUCAUCAUGACAAAUCCUCGAGUGUUCUCUUAAGAAAAUGAUGCUGGUCAUUGCAGCUUCAGCAUUUCCUGUUUUUGAUGUUCUGCUCUCCUGCCAAUCUCAGUCUCUUGGCUUUUCCUUCCUCUCCUCUCACCCCUUAGAUGUCCUGUGUAGUGAUUUGAUGAGAAAAAUCAUUACUGCCUACCUUCCCCCCACGUCCUUGCACUACAUAUGAGUUUCAAGUUUAUUAUUGCAAUAAAAGUGCUUUAUGCUGGCUUUUCUAAAAAAAAAAAAAAAGCAAUUACAUGAUUAAAUGCUAAAGUAAAUAAAAAUAAAUUAAUUUGAAAAACUUUUUAUUUCCCAUUCUCCUACUUCCCAAAGCUAACCACCAUGGUUUUCAUGAGUCUUAGAAAUAGUUUCUGAGGAGUUGGACGUAGCGCAGCGGUUUAAGCGCAUGUGGCACAAAGAACAAAGACCGGCGGAAGGAUCCCGGUUCGAGACCCUGGCUCCCCACCUGCGGGGAGUCCCUUCACAGAUGGUGAAGUAAGUCUGCAGGUGUCUGUCUUUCUCUCCCCUUCUCUGUCUACCCAUCCUCUCUGCAUUUCUCUCUGUCCUAUGCAACAACAAUGACAUCAGUAACAAGAACAAUAAUAACUACAACAAGGGCAACAAAAGGAAAUAAAUAAAUAAAUACAAAAAAAGAAUUAAAAAAAAAGAAAUAGU